AUGUCAAGACCCGAGGAGGCCGUUGAGGCGGCCAUGAAGUUGGCGGUCCAGGAGAGCACGGCGCUCAAGCGCCUCGCAGCAAUGCCAGGCAGACUUCAAGCCUCAAGCGAUGCGCAGGCCAGCCAUGCCAGAGCACAAGGGGCACUGGCGGAGGCGACCCAACGGCUGCAGGUGAUGGCGCAGAGUCCUGUGAAGAAUGACUUGUCUGCCCAACAGCUGCACCGUGUCAAGGAGCAGAAGCUCCGGGAAAACCUGCAGAAGCUCUCGAAAGACCUGAGCGAUGCCUGGGGUCAGUGGUUGAAGGCGGAGGAGGCCUGGCAGAAGUCGGGGGCCUCUGCGCCUGCAGCCGCGCCCGAGAGCAUGCAGAGUGAAGGAACCGAGGCGCAAAUGCAGAGGCAGGCUGAAGAAGUUUCCACCGGGGAGGUUCAAUUCCACGCGGCCAUGGUCGACGAGUAUGUACAGGAUGUCGCCACGGUGUCGCAGAACGUGCGCGACAUGCAGCGCGCCUUGCUGGAUCUGGCACUCCUCACUGAGGCCCAAGGUGGGGUGUUGGAUAACAUUGAGAAGGGCAUGGAGCAAGCUUCUGCGAGCACAG